UCUCUCAUCUAAUUUCUUUUGUUGCUCUCUCUCUCUCGCUUUCAACUUCCAAUACUUUUUUCACAUAAUUUUUCCAAUUUCCCCCUUAAAUUCUGCAAUUGUACUGUAACAAAGAAAACACAAUGUUGGUGUCAAGUGAAGCUGCCGAAGCUCCACCUAAUAAUAACAAUGGCGGUCAAAAUCCUCAAAAUCAAUCUAAUCCCCUUUGCUCUUUCCCCAUCAUGCUUAAGUUUGUGGAUGUUUCUUACAGAGUGAAGUUGCAUGGCGGCGGAGCAAAAUCGAGAAAUAAUAGCAUAAUGGGCAUGCUUGGCGGCGGCGCGUCCGCUGAUGUGGAGAAUCCGGCGGCGGAGCGGACGAUUUUGAAUGGGAUCACGGGCACGGCGGCGCCGGGGAGGCUGUUGACGAUCCUUGGCCCCUCCGGCAGCGGCAAAUCGACGCUCCUCAACGCCCUCGCCGGCCGGCUCCACCACAGCCACGGCCUCGCCGGCGCCGUCCUCUUCAACGGCCGGAAAUUCACGAAGCAGAUCGGUAAAAAGACCGGCUUCGUGGCGCAAGACGACGUGCUGUACCCGCACCUGACGGUGCGGGAGACGCUCGUCUUCUGCUCCCUGCUCCGCCUCCCGGCCUAUUUGGGCCGGGAGCAGAAGGUUGCGGCCGCAGAGGCCGCGAUCGCGGAGCUCGGCCUGGCGCCGUGCGCGGACACCAUCAUCGGGAACAGCUUCGUGCGCGGCGUCUCGGGCGGGGAGCGGAAGCGGGUCAGCAUCGCGCACGAGAUGCUGGUGGACCCCAGCCUGCUCAUCCUCGACGAGCCGACGUCCGGGCUCGACGCCACGGCCGCGUACCGCCUGGUCGCGGCCCUGGGCGGGCUCGCGGCCAGGGGGAAGACGGUCGUGAUGUCCGUGCACCAGCCCUCCAGCCGCGUCUACCAGAUGUUUGACGAUCUGCUCGUGCUGUCGGAGGGCCGGUGCAUAUACUCCGGCGCCAGGGCCGACGCCGCGCCGUAUUUCAACAGCGUCGGCUUCGCGCCGGCUUUCCCCAUGAAUCCGGCCGAUUUCUUGCUUGAUCUCGCUAACGGGGUAUGCCAACUUGAUGGUUUUAAUGAAAGGGAAAGGCCUAAUGUGAGGCAAACUCUAGUGUCAUCCUACAACAAUGUGCUUGCUCCAAAGGUUAAAAGGGCUUGCAUGGAAGCUCCAGUGGUGGUGGCAAGCUCGCGGGAGAGGAACGCGAGCCCCCCGACAAAGGAGUACAGCUGCACGAGCCAUUUAGUGACUUGGGCUAACCAUUUCUGCGUUCUGUUGCAACGCAACCUCAAAGAGCGAAAGCACGAGGCUUUCAACUCUUUGAGGGUGUUCCAAGUGAUUGCGGCCGCUUUGCUAGGUGGCUUCAUGUGGUGGCAUUCCGACUACAGAGAUGUCCAAGACCGGCUAGGCCUCCUCUUCUUCGUCUCCAUCUUCUGGGGCGUGUUCCCCUCGUUCAACGCGGUGUUCGCCUUCCCUCAGGAGCGGGCCAUCUUCAUGAAAGAGAAGGCCGCGGGGAUGUACACCUUGUCGUCCUACUUCAUGGCCCGGAUCACUGGGGACCUACCGAUGGAGCUCAUCCUCCCUACCCUGUUUCUAUCCAUACUCUAUUGGAUGGCGGGGCUCAAGCCCGAGCUGACAGCUUUCGUCCUAACGCUACUCGUCUUGUUGGGAUACGUGUUGGUGUCCAUCGGCCUCGGCCUCGCGCUUGGCGCCUUCAUCAUGGAUGCCAAGCAGGCGUCGACGAUGGUCACAGUUAUAAUGCUCGCGUUCGUGCUGACCGGGGGGUACUACGUGCACAGAGUACCCCUGUUCGUGUCGUGGAUAAAGUACACGUCCACAACGUUCUACACUUACCGGCUACUGAUCAACGUCCAAUACGGGGAUGGGGAGAGCAUUUCCUCGAUGCUCGGUUGCUCCUCGACGAGGAGGCUCCACGAGACCUCGACUUGCAGAUUCGUGCACGAGGACAUCACCGGGCAGAUCCACCCGGCGUUGAGCGUCGGGAUUAUGGUGAUCAUGUUUGUAGGGUACAGAUUGCUGGCCUAUCUCGCCCUAAGGCGAAUCAAAGCUUGAGGUUGGAAGAGGGGAUAUACACAAAAGUGGGUUGUUGAAGAGAUACGUUUUGCGGUGGAUUCGAGCUAACUCUAAUCGUGGAAGUAGGAAAGUAUUAGUUUGAAUCAAGAUCAUCAACUGUAAUUAAGGAAUUGUAAGACAAUUACUUUUUCAAUGUCAUGAGCUAGCAAUUAACUAGCUAGCUGCCAUUUUAAUUCUAA